AUGCCGACCAAACUGAUGAUGGCCUUUGUGGGCAUGGAUUUCCUCUUCGCCGGAUGUGGAGGACUGUUGCUGGGCUUCUCCCUCAUAUCUGAGCAAUCAAUGCGCGCCACUCCAACUGUAGACAACGUCACGCAGAACCUGCUGCUCGGCCAGUGUCCAUUGACAGCUGGCGUCGUCAAUGCUAUCUUCGUUUUCGUCACAUUCCUGCUGUCUCUCCCUGCGCUCUUCCUUCCAACAAAUCGAGGCUGGCUUCGUACUCAGGGCUGGCUAGUCGUCAUCUGUGCAACAUUCACACUCGGACUCGGUAUCGCCAUCUGGGUGGAAACUCUGCAAACCCGGACCAACCUCAGUGUACUUUGGGGCCGUGAGUCGCCGCUUAUUCAGAGUCUCCUGCAGCAAAAGUUCGACUGCUGCGGCUAUGUGAACUCGACCACCCCUCCAUUUGUCCAGGAUAGCACAUGCCAAAACACCCUGGUCGCCGCUCAGAAGGGAGGUUGCAUCGGCAAGUUCUCCUCAUUCGCCAACACGUACUUGGACCGCGUUUUCACUGCAGCCUUUGGCAUCGUCGGUGUAGACAUGAUCCUCGUACUCUGCGUUGCCAUGGUCCUCAAGUACCGCAUGGAGCAGGAGCGCUACAGGCACAUUGACGAGAAGAACGGACUUGGUGGACUAUAG